AUGUCGUCCAGCAGGAAGCUCUUGGCCUGGGGCUUGGUCGCCCUGGCCCUGUGCAUGGCAGCCCCAGGCUCAGGCUCCCCCCGCUGCACCUUCCCCUUUAUUUACAAGGGGAGAUCGUACUCCUCGUGCACCACAGACGGACGAAGGGACAAGAAGCUCUGGUGCGCAACUACCGACAGCUACGCCAAGGACGGCCGGUGGAGGUUCUGCUCUCCCAUGGGUCCAGACUCUGUGCCCUGCACCUUCCCCUUUAAGUACAAGGGGAAAUCAUACUCAGCCUGCACCAGGGACGGAAGCACCGACAAGCAGCUCUGGUGCGCGACCACCAGUGACUACGACAAGGACGGCAAAUGGAAGUUCUGCACCCAGAAGGGUGAGUCCUUGAGCUCUGUGUCACGCUGUCUAGAAUGGGUUGCAGCUGAGAACGCUCAGACUCAGGACAGAUCGCCAGAGAACAGAGCAGACACCCCCAAACUGAGGGGAUAUUCUAUCAUUAGAUUCACCAAGCCAGUAAUAACGGAGCAUGCCUGGAUCACUAGGCUAGUUUUACCAUGGAAUACAGACAAUCCCUUGACAUUCCAGCCCCUGUUUAUCACCCAGGCCAACUGGACUUCUCUCGAUCUCUCUCCGUUUCACUUCUCAGUCUCUCCCCCCUGCGCCUUCCCCUUUAUUUACAAGGGGAAAUCGUACACAGCCUGCACCCGGGAUGGGACCAGAAGCAGGCUGCGCUGGUGCGCGACCACCAUGAACUACGACACGGACGGCAGGUGGAGGUACUGCAGCGUGAUGGAUUACGACAAUGGAGAAGCGUGUGUUUUCCCUUUCACCUACAAGGGCAAACGCUUCUCUGCUUGUACCAAGUUUGACAAUCUCUUCGGGAGGUUUUGGUGUGCCACCACUGACAGCUACCACAUGGACCGCCAGUGGGUUUUCUGUCCCGACUGAGGAGGGAGAAGGAGGAGCCGAAGGGACAGGUAGUGCCAGAGCUGUCGAUGUCCCGUGACACCACUUCGACGGAGGGGGCUCCUGGAUAAAAACCGAGGCCAAGAUUCUCAGAAGCGACGAGUGAUUUUGGGUGUCCAGCUUGAGACGCCUUCAAAGGGCAGGUGCUCGGCCCUUGUGGAAGAUCACGCUCCAUUUAAGGUGCUGAGCAACUGCCCCUUUAAGGCGACACAACAUGGGUGCCCAAAAUCUCGACGCUGGCUUGCAAAUCCUGAGACCCAUCCUGGGCUGUUUUCUGUGAUCAGCGCUUCAUGCUGGUUGGGGCUGGCCGGCCUGGUGCAUUUCCCAUUUUUCGCU